ACCUCCGUCGCCGUCGAAGCUCUCCCCUCUCGAUUCUCAUCAGUUCGAGAAGCAAGUCGCAGUCUCGCUGCUAUGGCACUAUCUGAAGAAAAGGGAGUACUAUUGCGAUUGUCGUGUUGGUGGAUGAGCAUGGCUGAGGCAGUGUGUAGGUUUUAUUUUUGCGCGUGCAUAGCUAUCUUGUUAAGGAGGCGACGACGAAGACGGGGUCUAAUUGAACAGGCUCCGUCAAAUGCAAGUUCAGGGCUCAGAAAGCGAAAGCGAAACAGCAUUGAUGGUGAUGACUUGCUACUCGAAGGCGUGGAGAAGAUUGCUCAUACAUUAAUUGAAAGCCUCAAGGAGGCAAGUGAGCGUCUGGGAAUGCAUAUAGGUAGGGUUGAACGUGAGAAGCGCAUGGAUGCCAUGAAGGAGUCUCUCUUUGUUGAUCUUAUGAAGGUUGAAGGACUUUCCAACCAAGAGCGUGUUUCAGCUUAUGUCAAGAUGAUUUCUGAUGAGAGCAUGCUGAUUGGAUUUUAUGCCAUACCUCAAGAGGGAAAAACCGAUGUGAUCCGCUAUUAUUUGUGUGACUGAAUAUAUUGAUGUGUGAUUUUUUGUCAGAUAUAGGGAAUAUCUUACUUGGGUGCUUCGAUGCAUUGAGCAGCACCAGUAACUCAAUCUUGAUUUUGAGUAAGAUAUUGGGGUAUCUUGCAUAACUGAACUUAUAUGCAGAAUUAACUUGUAUAUUUGCAGAAUGAAGAUGAAUUGUCAUUUGCUUUUGGUUUCAAUCUUUUGACUGGAAGAGUUCUCAAAUACUCUUUAUUGACUGUCAAGAUGCUGGAUAUGAAUAAGUGUUUUUGCUAAGCCUGAAAA